AUGGUUCAGUUUGAAGGCGUAGAAGACUGCCCCGAGGCAGCGGAGGGGAGCCGCUUACAGGCCCUCAAACAAGGCAUGUUAACGAAUGAAAAUAAUAAUAAAGAUGCAUUAAAGCUGCUACAUAAUGAAGAAGACUCGCGGGGUGAUGCUGCUGACGAAGACAGAACAGAGAAAAGCAUCUUCCCGCAGCAGAUUCAAUCUGCGAAAGAAAGUCUUCAUCUCCAUGCAGUAGCAAAUGAAGUAAAAGGAUCUUCACCAGGUAAAGAGGCAAAAGAAUCAAAAGUGAUUUCUUGUCAAGAAGAACAACUGGUAAAAACAACUAAUGACGCUGCAACAGGAGGAACUGCAGAAACAGCAGCAGCAGAAACAACUGCAGCAGAAACGGCAGCAGGAGAAACAGCAGCAGCAACAGCAGCAGCAGCAACAAUAGCAGAAGCAACAACAGCAGCAUCAACUGCAGAUGCACAAACAGCAGCAGCAACAAAUGUAGCAUCUACAGAAGGAAUGUCUAAGAAUGCGCUUAGGAAGCAGCGGGCGCAGCAGCGGCUGCUGGAGGCGAAGGAGCGGCGUCGGUCUUUGCGUGCAUCAGCAAAAAGGCAAAAAAAGAAUUUAAAAAGAGAACAAGCAGCAGCAGCAGCAGCUGCAGCAGCAGCAGCAGCAGCAGAAGGAGAAGCAGGAGCAGCAGCAACAGAACCAUCAACAGCAGAAUCAUCUGCAUCAGCAGCAGCAGCAGCAGCACAAGACGCAGGUAUAUCUAUUCGUAUUUGUAUUGAUUGUGAUUAUGAAGACUUGCAGUGCGAGUCAGAGAUAUAUUCUCUUGUGCAGCAAUUGAUGUAUUCAUAUGGAGACGCAAAUCGUCUUAACAGACAAAGAGAAAAAAUUAAAAAGUCAGGAAGAAGAUGGCGGAGCGGCUGGAGAACUGCUAAAACUGCUGCUGCUGCUGCUGCUGCAUCAUCUGAUGCUGCUGCUGCAACAACUGCUGCCUCAUCGGAAGAUGCUGCUGCUGCUGCUGUUGCAUCUGACGCUGCUGCUGCUGCCUCAUCUGAUGCUGCCGCUGCAUCAUCUGACGCUGCUGCUGCUGCCUCAUCUGAUGCUGCUGCUGCCUCAUCUGAUGCUGCUGCUGCAACAGCUGCUGCCGCUUCGGAUGCUGCUGCAUCUGCUGCUGCUGCUGCUUCAUAUGAUGGAAUGAAAGAGGAGAGAAACUCACAAAGCAAUGAAGCAGAAACGCAUGCAAACAAAGAAGCAGAGCAGAUUCCUGCUGCUGCUCACUGCAGCAGCAGCAGCAACAGCAACAGCAACAGCAACAGCAGCAUUGAAGGCACCAGCAACGACUGCAGAAGCAACGGCAGCAGCAGCAGCACAGCCACCACCACCAGCACCUCCAGCAGCAGCAGCACCCCUAGCAACAACAUCAUUAGCAGCAACAGCAACAGCAGCAGCAGCAGCAACAGCAGCAGCAGCAGCAAGAAUGAAGAGCGUGCUGCAGUUGAGUUAUGCAUAGCUGGUGUAGGCCCGAGGGUAUCUGCUGCUUUGCGUCGCGUGCAGUGUAAUGGACAAUGGAAAUGCGAGAUAACGACUUUAUCUUUUGAAGAAAAGUUUAGAGAUGAAUGCGAAGAAGGAAGAGUAAUAUAUUUAAGUGCUGAUGCUGAAGAAGAAAUAGAUACACUCGAAGAAGACAAAGUUUAUGUUGUAGGGGGGCUUGUAGAUAGAAAUAGAUAUAAAAAUAUUAGUCUUCAUAGAAGUCAAAGUAAAAAUAUCAAAGCUUUCAAGCUGCCUAUACACUCGAAAUUCAAACAUAAAUUCGAAGGCUCCAGAAUACUCACAGUCAACCAGGUGGUGUCUAUUUUGAUUGCUUUUGCUGAAUUUGGAGAUUGGAGUUUGUCUUUUUCUCGCGUUUUACCGCGAAGGAAGACAGCGGGGGAUAUACAAAAAGAAGAAGAAAGCUCAUUGACUUCAAAUGUGUUGUUAGAAGGAUAG